AGCGGCAUCAUCAUCUCAUUAAACACGCGUCGCGGUCCAUCUCUGUCCACCCUCCAACUGCCACCCCGAGUCUUAUAUCGACAAAACAACGUCAUCCGGUUCGCGAUCCAAGCCACGCCCUCCAGACUCUCUAUAUUAUACCGUACAGCCCCGUUGCGUUCUCCUCUGCCCCGCCGUCUUUUCGACAUCUUCACCAAGGCUCCCGCAUCCCCCGCCAACAAUCCAACAACCCCCUGCUGCACGCCCAUCCACGCUCUCUCGAUCUAUUUCAACAUACCUACACGGUGCGCUGUGGCGACUCUGGUCUCGCGGCGCUUUUAAUCGCACCUUUAAAGACGCCGUGGUCCCAGAGAAUCACAGCGAGGUGCCUUUUGAGCGCCCGGCACAGCCGUCUGCCUUCUUCCUCGCACACCUCGGCCGAUGAGUCACUUGCUCUGGAAGUGCUACUGGGAAAAUGAUGUCGACAAGUUUCGGCGUCUGCUGGGCUCCACGAGCUCCAGCUCCCAGGGAUUUCCCAAGAGUCCCGGUGCCGGCAGCUUAGGAGCAUCGGGCAGCAGCCCGGUCAUGCUGCCGUCGUCGCCGAGACUCGGAGCCAAAGGUCGAAAGGCCUCAGGUUUCGGAUUAGGUAAAGGCAAGGAUGGAGGCUACGCUUUAGGCCGUUCCGAAAUCAAUAGUCGAGAUCAUGCUGGUCUGACAAUCCUGCUCCGUGCGGCUGCUUCGACCGAUCCCCGAGCCGCUGAAUUCGUCCAGGCAUUGGUCGAACACCCCAGCACAGACAUAUACGCCCAGGACCCAGAAAGCGGCUGGAACGCUCUCCAUCGAUCACUAUAUGCUGGAAAUGUGUCCAUUGCCAGAAUAAUACUCGGCAAGGAACGAGAACGCAUGAUGUCUGGCGCAGCAUCAACGAGCAGUCGAGUUGGCCAGCUUAUCAAAACCAAGGACCAUGAGGGAAACAGUCCCUUUGAUGUUUAUAAUUCAACAAUCGCCACCCGCUCUUUAAAGAAGGAAUAUGUGCAAGAAACGAACGAUUCCGACUCGGAAAGCGGCGAGGAUGAUGUCGACGUUGCCAAUGACCCGACAAAACACGGAUACAUUCGAAGCCAACCUGCCGAAGGCGAUGAACUCUUCAUGUUUGGAAGCAAUAGAAAUGUUUCCCUUGGUGUUGGAGACGCUGACGACAGACAAUACCCCGAACGAAUUCACCUGCAACGACCCGAAUCCCUAUAUCAUCACUUUUAUCAAUCGUUUGCCGAAGAAGCCGGCAUCGACGAGGAUGAUCUCUCCCAAAGUCUUGAUGACAUACCCAUUCUUGUCAAAAGUCGACCGCUCCAUAUUCAAGAAGUCAUCAUGUCAAAACUGCAUACUGCUGUCUUGACAACCGACCCUGUUUCGAACUUGUACAUUUGUGGUGUAGAUCAAGGUGGUCGCCAUAACAUUAAAAAAAAAAACACUCAGUUCAAAUUCACCCCUGUCCAAGGCCCCUUGGCUGAUAAGAAGAUCAAGAACGUUGCACUUGGACAAAACCAUUCCAUGGCAGUUACCAGCCAUGGUGAGCUGUGGACCUGGGGUCUAAAUGCAGACUCUCAACUUGGAUACACCCUGCCACCGCCUUUGCGGGCAGAUGAAGAGCCCAUGAGUCUCGUCCCCCGACAAGUCUUUGGCCCUUUGAAAAAGGAGACCAUUCUCGGAGUAGCGGCGUCGGCUAUUCACUCCGUCGCGCAUACUGGUUCCUCGCUCUACUGCUGGGGUAAGAAUAUCGGACAGUUGGCGCUAAUGGAUGCCGAUUCCCGCUCCUUGGAUGUGCAAGCGGUACCUCGCAAAGUCGCCGCCUCUCUUUUGACGGCACCCAUUGAGAUGGUAUCAGCUAUUGAUAAGGCUACUAGCUGUCUGCUGUCGAACUGCACUGUUUGGGUCUUCUCUAGCUACGGCUACAACUUGGUCAAAUUCCCCAUCCCAGAUGUUUUUAGCAACCAUAACCUUGCCGUUGGUGCAUUCACAACGCGCCAGGAUUCGAAGCGCAGAGAUAUCCGCUACAUCUCAUCUGGCGGCGACACCAUUGCUGCUUUGACAUCUCGCGGAGAUGUUUACACUAUGCAGGUAAACCACAAGAUUGACAGUCAUCAAUCGGCAACCUCUACAACGAACCCCGCCAAAAUUAAGGGCGCCAUAUCUCAGCCUCAAUGCAUUUGGGAUUCUCGCAAGGAGGGUGUCGUCUCCGUUGAUGUUGGUGAGCACGGCUCCGUCAUCAUCUGCACAGAAUCUGGCUCGGUAUGGACCAGGGUAAAGCGAUCAAAGGCAAAGACGACAGGCUUCACAGACACGUCGGCGGCAAAGCGCAAAGACUUCAAAUUCCAGCGAGUGCCUUAUAUCACCAACUGUGUAACAGUCCGAAGCUCCACCUUUGGAGCUUUCUCGGCCAUUCGAAAGGACAGCCAUGUAAUGGCCAACGAAAUCAGUAUCGACGAAAAGACCAUUUGGACGGACAUGGCCAAGCUGUUGUGCUUAAAUGAUUAUACCAGCUCUAGCCAACAACCAGGCAUGGCAUACGGAAAGACAUGGCAAGCAGCUCUUGAUCGUGAGAAGCCUGGGUCUGUCCAAGCCCAACUUCUUGGCACAGCUGAUAUCGAGAAUGAGCUUGGCCAGUGGCUUGCAACUCAUAAGUUUCAGUACGACCACAUGGAUAUGGAGAUCCGAACUUCGCUUUGGCCUGAUCUCAAGAUUCCAGUGCACAGCUGGCUGUUUUCAGCAAGAAGUCCUACGAUUCGUCGCGCUCUUCAGCAGUUGGACCUGCCACUGCUCGAUGACAGUGAGACCAGUGACGAUGUAUUCUCACUUGAAGUUAUGGACGGCAAGAAAACUCUGACUCUACAUUCUGCCGACCUUUUUACGGUUCUGAACAUUGUUGUCUUCUUAUACCAAGAUGCCUUUAUUCCUGUCUGGAAACAUACUCGUGAGGCACCUGCCUUCGCCCAUCGGUUCCGCCACAUUCGCACUGAAGUAAUGAAAUUUGCUUCUAAUCUGGAAUUGACUGCAUUGGAAACAGCGGCGCGUCUUCAGAGCAGUGUUGAACCUUCGCUGGACGCUAAUUUUGAAGAGGCCAUUGCUGACCCAGACUACCUGAACGAUGGUGACGUUUUGAUCCAGCUUGAUGGUGAACAAGUUUUAGCGCACGGUCAGCUACUGUGCGAACGUUGCCCCUUCUUUGAGGGCAUGUUUCAUGGCCGUUCUGACGGAGAGUGGCUUGCGCAGCGCCGAGGAGAUGAUCACGUUGCCGAGCCAAUUGACGUCGACCUCAGUCAUAUCAACCCAGACACGUUUCAGCUCGUUCUACAAUAUCUCUAUGCCGACGUGGCAGAUGACCUGUUCAAGGAUAUUAGCACAGCCAACUUGGACGAGUUUUCUGAAAUCGUACUUGAUGUUAUGGCCGUUGCCAACGAGCUGAUGCUGGAUCGACUAUCACAAGCUUGCCAAGCCGUGAUUGGUAAAUUUGUCACAACGCGCAACAUUUCCAACCUGUUGAAUGAAAUCAGCCCUUGUUCAGUUACGGAAUUCAAGGAUGUUGGUCUGGAAUACAUCUGCCUUCAGCUGGAGAAUAUGCUUGAAAACUGUCUGCUUGAUGGUCUCGAUGAAGAUGUGCUACUGGACUUGGACUCGGUCGUGCAAAAGAACCAGCUCGCCAGACUGCCGUUUGUUAGGAGUGGGCGAGCCGAGUUGCUUCUGCAUGAGGCCUAUCCUGAUUUAAUGUUCGAUAUUGAAGAAGAGCGACGCAGACGGGUGCGUGAGUUUGCCUUUAAGCACUUACAGAAGGAAGAGGAGCGCAAAUUAUCCUCUUCAUACAGAGCUCGCAUUGGUAGCUUGGAUGAGAUGGCCAUGUCGCCACAGACGCCAGACGGCUUCCAACGCCGCAAAUCUAGAUCUGGUCGCAACGAACCUUUCAGUCCUACUCUACGACCUAAGGACUCGCACGCCGACAUGAUCUUCAGCAUGGACGACGAAAGUGGAAAGCCCCAAGCCGCCAAAUCUCCCUUGUCUAUGCCAACAUCACCGGAUCUUGGGCCAGAGUUUGACAACUUGGAACUUGACAACAUCCCACAGCUACCUGCUGCAUGGCAACCUAUCAAAGGCGGCGCGAUGGUUGACUUGUCCUCUUCUCGAGAUAUGAGCCCUGCAACACCUCUAUCUACCCCGAAAAUCCCACAAACCCCGAAUAGGGCCUCUGCCCCAUGGGCAUCGCCAUUGCUUUCUGCUAAGAAGUUUGACCUCAAAGAUAUCAUGUCUGAAACAAACUCUUCUUCGGCGCUUACUGCUGGCCUUCAAGGGCGACAAGAUUCUGCCAAUCGCCCUACACCAAAAAUGUCCCAAAAGGAGAGAAAGAAGCAAAUGCAGAAGCAGGCCGAGGCACAAGCCGCUGCUCUCAAUGAAAGAGCUAGCGUCAAACCUUGGGAGACAGUGGGAUCUAAGACUCCACCACCAUGGAAAGCUGCGUCUCCCGCACCAAAGACAUCAUUGAAGGAGAUGAUGAGCUCAGAGAAGCAACGUAGAUCGAUUCUCGCGAAUUCGAAGCCUCUUGUCGCGAUAGAGGCAUCCCCAAGGGUGCGUACGGCAUCACCAGAUACCAAGUUCUCGGGACAACGGGCAUCGCGUGGCGCUGCGGGCAAGAAAGAGGCGCAAGCUCCUGUUACGCCUCAUUCCAAGUCUUACAUUACCCCAGCCAAGAAGUCUGAGGCUGUACUGGGCUUGAGCAUGGCCGAUAUUAUUGGCCAACAGCGGCAUGAGCAGCAGUUAGCCAAGGAAGCGGUCGCCAAGCGCUCUCUGCAGGAAAUCCAACAAGAGCAAGCCUUCCAAGAAUGGUGGGAUCAGGAGACACAGCGAGCACAAGCUCAGGAAGCGUCAACAAAAGGACGCCAGAGCAAAGAGGGCACUGGAGACGGCAACAAGCGUGGACGCCGUAACAGAGGUGUCAAGUCCGGCAAGGGCAAGGAGAAUACUGGACCAGCUGCUGGUGGCUCGAACCCUGCGGUUGCUACGGCUUCCAACCCAAGAGCUAUCCGCGGCCGAACCGGCAAAUGAGAGUUGGACGCCUAAAGUAUAAUGAUGUGGGGUUUGGACAUGUGUGUUGAUAGUGUGUCGCGUUCUUUUGUUCAUCUUUCUGUCAUUGCUGCUAUCCAAUGGCUGGGAUCAUUUUUGAGGAGCCUUUUUGUCUGAUUUUGUUCUUGUUUUAUAUUCUUUGGUUUUACGGCGCACCAGGUAUGAUACACAGCCUAUACACGGCAUUGGACAGCUUCUAUAUAUACAGACGUCUGCUACUUUAGACAAGCUUAAUGAUUAAACUAUGAGAUAUACAACGCCACAGUAUGCUAACCGGGUCAUGAACUACACUAGCCGCGUCAUGGAUGAUCCCUACUAUUGUAAACUUUCACGCUGGCAUAAGGUUGCCUGGCGGUGGACGCGCAGGCCACCAUCUAGACCCAUGAUCUUUUCA